UUUCAUCAACUAAAUCCUGCUGGAUUUACGUUCGAAACACGCAAUCAUAAAGUGUCGCGCUUUUUUGCGCCCCACCAUAUAUUUGAUUAUUUGGGUUGAGAAGUUGGUCGUUUAUUUUAGUUUGGUGUGGUUAUGUUGGCGGUGUGGAACAUCUAAGAGAAGGACAUGGAAUAUUCUGUGAAGAUGAAUGGUGACACUGAGAAGAAUGGAGCCCUUAAUCUCGCUUUUGAGAAAAACGGCGAAGUCUUAGAAAAUGGAAAACAAGAUGUGACAAAGACACAAUUCGAAGUAGGCCAAGAAAUCACCCCGCAAAGAGCACAAUGGGGCAAUGGCCUGGAAUUCCUGAUGUCCUGUAUCGCCAUGUCCGUAGGUCUCGGCAACAUCUGGAGGUUCCCCUUUACCGCUUAUAAAAACGGGGGUGGUGCUUUCCUCAUUCCCUACAUCAUCAUUCUGACUCUUAUUGGAAGACCACUUUACUACAUGGAAAUGGCACUGGGACAGUUUUCGGGCAGAGGCAACAUCAAAAUGUAUUCUGCUCUAUCACCAGUCUUCAAAUGUAUUGGUUACGGACAGUUGAUUGGAUCGAUAUGCGUCGCAACGUACUAUUGCAGUUUAAUGGCGAUGUCUUUGUUUUAUUUCGGCAGUUCUUUCACCUCAGAUCUACCUUGGACGAAAUGUUUAGACUCCUGGCAGGAUUACCUCAAUGAAACUGGCAAAGUAUGCAACGGCAACGAUACCAACAGCAUCAGUUCCUCCGAAAUGUACUUCAAGCGGGAAGUGCUACACCAAAUCGAUGAUAUUUCGGAUGGUAUAGGCGCGCCGCAAUGGGAACUCACAAUUUGUCUCUUGGUUUCUUGGGUUGUAACCUACUGCGUGAUCAUUAAAGGAGUCUCCAGUUCUGGAAAGGCCUCAUACUUUUUGGCUCUUUUUCCUUAUGUGGUAAUGAUCACUUUGUUAAUCAGGGCUGCAACACUUGAGGGAGCUGCCGAUGGCAUGUACUAUUUUAUAGAAACUGACUGGAACAAAUUAUUGGAAGCAGAUGUGUGGUACGCGGCUAUAACUCAAUGUUUCUUCUCCUUAAACGUCGGUUUUGCUUCUAUUAUAAUGUAUUCGUCAUACAAUAACUUCGACCAUAAUAUAAACAGAGAUGCUCUUGUAGUGACUACCUUAGAUACCUUCACCUCACUUUUAUCCGGUGUCACUAUUUUUGGAAUCCUAGGAAACUUAGCCUUUGAACUGGGAGUAACUCCAGACAAAGUCAUCAAUUCUGGUGGAACUGGUCUUGCAUUCAUAUCCUAUCCUGACGCCAUAGCUAAGUUUAAAGCUGUACCAUGGCUGUUUGCGUUACUCUUCUUCUUCAUGUUGUUUGUAUUAGGAGUAGGCAGUUUGGUGGCACUCUCUGGUACUUGCGUAACAGCUAUUAAAGAUGCUUUUCCGAAUGUUGCGACAUGGAAAAUAUCUGGAGUUGUGGUUAUUGCAGGAUUCCUCAUUGGUUUACUUUACGUUACACCUGGUGGCGAGUAUGUACUAGAUUUGGUGGAUUAUUUUGGCGGUACUUUUAUUAUAUUCGUUUUCGCUAUAUUUGAAGUAAUUGCUGUUGUUUGGGUUUAUGGCCUGGAAAACUUUUGUGAUGAUUUGGAGUUCAUGUUGAAGAUGAAAGUUAGUUGGUACUGGAGAUGGACAUGGGGAGUCAUCACUCCUUUAAUUCUUAUAGUUGUUUUCAUCUAUUUCGUGGCUACUCUAGAGCCUUUGACUUAUGGACGUGAGGACUUUAAAUUGGAAUAUCCAAGUGGACUAGUUGCUGCUGGUUGGCUUAUACUCGCGGUAGGACUAGUACAAUCGGUCCUUUGGAUUAUUUAUUAUGGCACUAUCAGCAAACGACAACCCGGAAAGUGGGUGGAUAAUAUGUUUUCGUUCGAAAAGUGGGGUCCGAAAGAUAGGAAAACGAGGGAGGAGUGGCAAAAAUUCAAACAGGACAAGAUGAACAACAGGAGACCCAAUCGUACUUUUUGGCAACGAUGUGCCGAUUCUCUGUUCGGAAGAUAAUACAGAUAACGAUCAUAUGACACGAGAGAGAAUAGAUUCUUUUAUAUAAGUAUUUUUAUCCCCCCAUUUACUGUUAUUUUUUUGCUCCGUUUUAUGUCAUUUUAUUUAUAAUACUGUGAUAUACAAAUGUUCUUGUGUAAAUAAUAUUUAUUUAUAUGAUGUACAUAAUUACUAAUAAUUGUCUACCUCAUUUCGGUAGUUUUAAUCUAAAGUAAUAAAUGAAACGUGUUAUUUAAAUUAUUAUGUUUUAAUAUAAAAAGGUUGAAGAAAGUGGAUUACAAAAAUA